GCUCCACUGUGUUGUGUGAGCAGCAGCAGCAGCAGCAGUCUGCAGCAGGAGCAGUCUGCAGCAGCAUACGGCUGGCUCGGCCCGGGGACGUCGGUGCUUUCUCUGGGCCUUUUCACCCUCAUCAUCAUGGAGUUUCUACUGGGGAAUCCGUUCAGCACGCCGGUGGGACAGCGCAUCGAGAGUGCGACUGGCUCCAGCCUGCCAUCAGAAGACUGGGCCCUCAACAUGGAGAUCUGCGACCUGAUCAACAGCUCAGAGGAAGGACCCAAAGACGCAGUCAGAGCCUUAAAGAAAAGGAUUGUGGGGAACAAGAACUUCAAGGAGGUUAUGCAGGCGCUCACUGUCCUGGAGACGUGUGUGAAGAACUGCGGCUACAAGUUUCACAUCCUGGUGACGACGCGGGAUUUCGUAGAGGGGGUUCUGGUCCGGACGAUCAUCCCGAGAAACAACCCUCCAUUAGUCCUGCAUGACAGAGUGCUCACCAUUGUACAGGCGUGGGCUGAUGCAUUCCGCAGCUCACCUGACCUGACGGGUGUGGUGUCCGUGUACGAAGACCUGAGAAGGAAGGGAGUUGAGUUCCCCAUGACAGAGCUGGACGGUUACUCGCCCGUCCAAGCCCCCAAAAAGACUUUGCCUGGGAACGGGCCUGCUGUCACCACUCUGCCUGCUGUGCUCCUCUCUUCCAAACCUCCGCUCAUCCCACCCCAGACUUCUGGGUUAAAGCUGGCCCUAGAGGGAAACAAUACCUUCACUCCCAGCCAGAUAAAGCAGCUGAAGACAGAGCUGGGAGUGGUGCGGAGCAACCUGUCUAUGAUGUCAGACAUGAUGAGUCAGCUGGAUCCUGUUACUGUAAAACAAGCAGACAUGGAACUGCUGGAGCAGCUAUACACAGUUUGUAAGGAAAUGCAAGAGAGGAUUGUAAAGGUGGUCCCCAGACUCAGUGAGGAGAAGCUGAUCGAAGAGUUACUGGCGGCUAACGAUGAGAUGAACACCGCCUUUACUCGCUACCAGAGGUUUGAAAGACGAAUACCAAAUGGUCAAAACACAGCAGAGAAGAGUCACACAUACGUCAACCUAACAGAUUUCGAUUUGACACCUGAGUCCGUCUGCCAAUCAGGGCUUGCGUCAGUCACCAGUGACAGCUCACACAGCCUGUCGAAAGCUGACAGUUUGUCUGGUCAGAUGGCAAGACUUAGUACAAGUGAAUCAGAUGACACAUUACCACAGAAAAUAAAUGUCUCAAAUCAACAAAGACAAAGUGAGCAGAGUGAAGUAGCAGUGGACGGCCUGGCUCGGGCUCAGGACAGCAGAAUACACAACGCUGUAACGGAUGACAGCCCAGCCUCCACCCGCAGCUCCUCACCAAAGUUAGAUUGGAUGAUUAAAAGGGGAAUGAUUCCGAUCAACCAGAACACUGCAAUGGAUGAUAUUGAGAAAUGGCUGGAGUUGGACGAUGAGUAUGACGACUUUGAAGAUUCAGACGGUGUGACAAGUGAAGAGUUUGACAGGUUUUUGGCAGAAAGAGCAAAAGCAGCCGAGCGUCUUCCAUCGGUGAGAGCUUCCUCGCAGGACACCAACCACUCCGAGUCUUAAGAUACACUUGAAACCUGCCGGACUAACAAAUACUCAUGAAGCUCCCGCGCCAUCGGCUGAGAAUCUUCAUAGAUGAACGGUUGAAUGGCACAAUUGAAGUGGGAAUUACAACCCAUAUCUGAGGAACAACGUCCUAGCUGUGUAUACUGCUCUUUAAUGGGGAGCAAACGUGUUUUUUAACUGAUAAAAAUAAUGUAAUUUGAUGAAGGGCGGCGGUUUUUACUUGACAUUGUUAUGUAGGGUUUGUCCAUGUGUGGAAUGCAAACAUUUGCACAUUUUAUAUGGUUAUAUUCCUGCUGUUGAAGGAAAGAGAGAGGAUAAUGUUACAGAAAACAACUUUUGCAACAUAGAUUAUGUACUAUAUUGCUGUUAUAUAUAUAUGUGUAUAUAUAUAUAUAUUGUCAAACAUGAUGAUGGGUUAUAGAAAGCGCCCCUGUCUAAGUAGCAAAACACUGUAUGUAAGAGAAGCUCGGCUAUAACAUAAUGAAAUAGUUUGAUGCUUCACAUCAUUGUUGAUGAAGGAUGUGAAAGAAAACUGAACCAUGUUUUUUACAUCCAGCAUUCCCUUGUGAAGGUGUUUUACUUGAAUUUAACAGGAAGUCAUGACAGACUGCUGUCAUAUAUUAAACUAAAACUAUUAAUUGGAA